UUAGAGCGUUUUCACCGCCUGAGAGAAUGACUUCAAUCUACAUUAUAACAUUAAUUACACUGUUAAGUAAGGUUAAAAUUUUCUACAAUUUAUACACAAUUACGACUACAGAAAACCAAGCCAAAUUAAAAAACUAAUUCAUCUUCCUAUAGCCCUGAAUUUCCAAGCCAUUACUGAAUAUACGCGUAGUGUUGCGUAACAUCAUUUCAUAUUGUCUUUUUUUUUUCUCAACUUCCGUUGGUGAAGACGUCAAACUCACGUGAAUUUCGCACGUUGUGUUCAACUGUUCUUGGACAAAAACAUUCUCGGCAGAAAGGUGUGAGCGAUGGUCUGAUGGCAGCAAACAGUGGAGAUAUUUUGUCACAGCAUGUGGCAGAAUUUCAUUUCAGCCCUUCCCUGUUUCUUUCUAGGACAUCUGCAGACACAUUUUUGUCAGAGAUACUCCUGAAUCUCAGAGACUAUCGUAUAAGUGAGAGCAUAAAGGUACAAGCUCUGAGUCUGUUUGCUGAGUUCCCAACAUUUCUGUGCCAAACUUCUGAAUCAAGUGAAACAACUGCAUUGGCCCUAUUGGAAAUUUUCAGUCAACUAUCUGCUUCUACAAAGUCAUGGAACUUGCAAGUCCAUCUUCUGCUGGCUAUCACAACCAUACUCAUAUCAACUGAUUGUUUUAAAGAGGACAUAAAGCCAGCUACUGAUUUGUUGGAGCUCUUGUUCCAAAUUGUCUCUGAGCAAAAUGAUGGCAAGCAAGGUUUAUCAAGUAGACACUUGAAAACUAUGGCAUGUGACUGUCUUUGGGAACUGGAAUGCUGUUACCCUGAACUGCUGUCCACAAAGCUGGAACUUCUGCAUACACUUCAACAACUAGCUACUAGCACAUUGUAUCAAAAGUACACCCUACUGUUCAGCACAGUUCUGAAAAAUGCAAUUCAGGGACUGGCUCACAGACAGGAAACAUCAAACAGUGUCAUAAAAGACAUUUUGUCUCACAAUGAAGGCUUUUCUUGGAAGAGUUCAGAGGAAUCUGAAAUAUCUCCUAGUGUGUUUACUAAAGGGUACCAUUUGUUACCAUCCACAGUGGAAUCAAAAGAAUUAAAAUCUAUUCUUUCACUGCUUCUGGAAGAAUCAUUCCUGCUUACACCAGUUUCACAAAGCAUUCUGUUUCAUAACCUUAUCCAGAUUGUAACCAUGGUCUACUCUUUAUCUCCUGUGAUCUUCAAAUCCCAAUUACUUCGGCUUUUUGGAACAAUGGAUGUAUGUCUUUUUAUUACUGUUUUAAAACUAAAAGGAGCAUUUACAGAAAGCCUUUUCACAACAGAAGAUGAGAACUUUCUUGUGAAACGUUUGUCGGGAAUGUCACAGCAUCCCAUGCUUAGCAACCCAUUAAAACUCCUCUACUUGGACUUCCUUCUCCAUUUCCCAGAGAACCGUCCUAUCUCAUCUAGUGCUGAAGAAAGUCCACCUAUCUUGCUUACACCGAGUAUAGCUACCUUACUCUUUCCAACUGUUUUUCAUGAUAGCAGCACUGUGUUGUCUCGACUUACAGUCCUGUGUCUGGUAUACCUGGAGAAUGAAGAUGAGGAUCAGAAGGGCAUUAAUUUAAUCUCUGACUUUAUGAGAUCCCUUCAGAAAAUUGUGGAAAAUAAUGGUGGCAGAGAGGUUACAGUCACCUUCUUCCGUAGUAUAUUCCUAUUUGUUAAAUAUUUGUCUUUCUGUAGCAAACAGAUGGAUUCUCUAGUUACAAGCCUUGCAGAACUUUAUCAGAAACAUUAUGCCUUGGCACCAUACAUCAUUGAUCUCAUCAAUAACAUCCAGUUGCUCCUACAAGAUUCUGUGUGGCCCAUUUCUCUACUACAGACACUGCAGCAUCUAAUUGUAGGUCUGCCGGUAAACCGUAUGGAUCAGCAGGCUUUAAAACAACAUCUAAAGGUUUUGGCUAGGGUUGCUAAGGAGGACAUCAUUCAGCAAAAAUGCACUGUUGACUUUUUGCUCAGAUUAAUUGGUAACAUAGACUUUUGUCAGCUGAGUAGUUGGAGAAUGGGCAGUACUGUUCUUUCAGUCUGUAGGAAUCUUUUACUGCAUCGUGACCUAAAAGCCAUCUUCCUACCUCUGGGAGAUUUGCUGCAGUUAAUUUCAGUCCAGUUUGAGGAUCUUGACAUUCGAGAUCAUGCCCGUUUCUAUUAUAUGUUGCUAACUAGUCUGUCCAGUGAGAAGCUCGCAAGAAUUCUUUCCCCAGGGAGCACAGGGAAUAACACUAAAGUCCACACACUGUCCACCAUUAUGGCAGAGAGUGAAAUUUUUUCUUCACUGACUGUUCAGUUUUUAGAACAGCCAUUGCUUCAGCUUGUUGAGUGUCAGGAGGUUGAAGUGGCCAGUAUCCCCAGCAGCAGUAGUUCUUCAGCAGCAGACAUGAAAUUGGACACAAGUUAUAGACAAGAGUAUGAGAAACAGUUUGCUGAUCCUGAAUUUGCCUCAACUGUUGUUCUAAAGUACUAUUUGACUUUUACAGAAGCAGCAGACCACCAGUAUGACAAACUGUUUAGCAUAUUAUUGCGUUUUGAACAGACCGAUUCCACUUUUGAACCCAUUAAUGAUAUCAGUGUGCACUGUCUUUUCCAGGGCCAGAAGCCCUGCAUUGUGUCUCUGUUACUACAUCCCAGACAAGUCAGUCCCAGUUUCCUAAAUGUCAGUGCAAUCUUUACUACCAAAGAAGGAUUUACUUGUCACAAUCAACUAAAACCACUCCAAAUCCGCUUUCCUGAUUUAUUCCUCCCCCUCCCUGUGCCUUCACACUGGUCCACAGUAGCAAAGCAGAAGCUUUUUGAUCAGCUUUGGGAAUCCUUUAGCCCAUCUCUGUCAAAUGACUAUGGAGAAAGUCUUUGCUGUUUACAGGUAGGAAAAGACUUUUUCCACAGUCUGGUGUAUUCCAAACUGUGCAGAUUCCUAAUAGAUGUGCAACAUGGGCUGGACUUUUACAAAGUUCUUUUCUUCCUGGCACCUCACUGCCACAUUUUGCUGAAGCUAUCUUGGUCAGAGGAAACCCUCAGUGUCAAAAUUGUGACUGAUAACUGGAAGCUGCUGCCUUACCUUAAUGUCUUUCUGAAAGACAUCAGUGUAAAUGACUGAGUAGCAUGAAUACUGAAAGUCACUAAAUUACUUAGCAGUGAUCACAGAGCUUAAGACAAAAAAUGUGAUGCUGAGUUUUCUGACCACUGUUAAUAACUUGGCUUCUGUUUACCUCUCUUGACAAUUUGUUUUUCUUCAGACAUUUGCAAAAAAAAAAAAAAAAAACUGCAAUUUUGUACAAGAGCUAAGUUAUCUGGUGUUGCUGUCUGCUGAGUGGAAAUUUAGAUGUAUUUGAAAGCACAGUAUGUAUUUCACCUGUCAUUUACAGCAGUAUAUUUCACAUUCAUUGCUGUAAUUUGGGAAACGUUAAUCAUUUUUUCUUUAAAGUGUUGAUUUAUGAGGUCCGCAGUUCAUGUAAGCCGUGCACAAGGUGACUGGAAUGUACUGUUCUGUUGG